AUGCCCGGUCGAAACUCUACGGACGGUACGAGCAUCCAUAAGGUACAUUCUGUUGGUGCUCAGGAAUUGGAUCAGCAGCACCAGCAGCAGCAAAAGUUGUCGCCUGCGAAUUCGAGGUUCGACCGUUCCGUUCACGAUGAUAAACCGCGAUUCAGGUACGGGUACGACGACGACGUUGCUAGCAGUCAAACCCAGGAUAAUGCAAGGAGGAGGAGAAGCAUAUACGACUCUCUCGGGGUGCUGAGAACUUCGAGCAAUGAGAGCUCGGUGAACUCGAACGACGAAAGAGAGACGAAAAGUUUGAAAUCCGUUAGGAGCUCUCGGUACCAGCAGCCGGAGUUACAGAAGACACAGAAGGUGGAGACCAAAACGAAGGGCGGGCCCAAUUUCUUGAAGAAGACUCUGAGUACUCUGUCCCUGAGUUCUGCUGCAGCCCCGGAUGACGAGAGUGCGUCGUCGCAUGCACCACGCAAGUCGCACCACACUCACGGCGAACCCUUACAGAGUAAGAGAAGCGCGGCAGCUACAGGAUUACUUCACAGCGGCGAAUCUGUUCCCCCACCGCGGAAGACAUCCUUCGCAUCCAAUCUAUUCAAAAGACUGUCAGGGAGCUCACCACAUUCGAAUAAACUGGGGAGGCCGAGUAAGAGUAAGAUCACGCCGACCACUAGUAAUCAAGUGCCGAUGCACACCCCGCUGGAAGAAGCGGAGGCCGAUAAUCCAGAUUAUAUAGGCCCACAGAAUCCAAACACAUCGGCCACGAAAGUACCCAGAAGAGGGUCGAAGGAUUCCAUCUUCCCACUAGUCGAAAACGUUCCGCACCAUAUCCGUAGUAAGAUUGGGGAUAUUCAGGAAGAUAUGAACGGGCUGAUAGCAGAGGUCCCCAGGUUGAAGAGAAACCACACAUCAGCUUCAGGGGCUUCACUCUCGUCCACUAACAUCAACAGCAGUAGUAAAGUGCCAUCUGUGGGGAGUCAACUGAACUCGGUAGAUAGUGGGUCCAAUCCAUCUAUGUCCUCUGGGAAAAUGCAAACGUCACGGAGACAUUCCGCCGUCUCGAAGGAGAGGGACCCGUAUACACUAAAGUUCAAAGAACCAGGUGAAUUGCCCUCAGAAAAACAGAGGAGCGUGUCAGAUGGUAAUAUCGGACCUGAGGUGGUAGAAGGCCAGAACAAUAAGAGACCCUCGGUUGUGCUGACUGAAUCCGGAUUGUUCCCUCUGGACACCAACCUUGAUGAUUUGACCGAUAUCACAAAGACUGUGGAGGCAAGAGAGGACAAAAUACCUGAUAUACAUACGAAGAAACGGGAACCCUCUCUUGAGGGAAUGCCAGAGGAUCCACACGUUUGGGAGGAUAAUCCUUUGGAACCAAUAAGGUCUGCGUCUGCCUUGAACUUCAGGGCGGUAGAAUCGGAAGAGGCGAAAAAAAUAUUUCCACCCAAUAUCAUUGAUCCACAGAGCACUCAUUGGGUGGCUCCUGAAAGUUGGGACGUUGACAUCGCAGUGAAACAGAAGAAAAAGGCGAGAGCGAAGUCCAAAAGGAAACACGAAAGGGCUACUGCCGCAACAGGUGGCUCUGUCUCAUCCAAAUCGGUGAAUCGGAUCAAAAAUGGUCUUGUCAUGACUCCCUCAAGGCAAAACGAAGAAGGUAACGAAGACGCAGAUGACUCUGAUUUGAUAGACAACAUCGAGUAUUCCUCAGGAGAGGACACAUCUUCUUCUUUGACGAGCACAUCAAGCUCUAAUUCGGCAAGUUGCGCAUCUUCCGAUGGUGAGUUCGAUAACGGACCAUGCUCAGGAGACAAGAAGUUGGAUGAAGAUAAGGUUGGAAAGUUUGAUAUUUCUGGACGGACGUUUUCGUCUGUGAACUUGGCAUCUGUCGACAAGUCUCCAAGCGCCGUGAAUGUUCUCAACUUGGACGAUGAAAGAAGCGAUAAAGUCGAAUAUGAACUCGAACGUUACUACAAGGACUACAGCGACUUAGACAUUAAAAAACACUACGCGAUCAGGGUUUUUAACGUGGAUGAUACAUUCACCACACUGAUGUGCACGCCAGGAACCACAGUGGAAGAGAUGAUACCAACUUUGAAGAAGAAGUUUAAUAUCACUUCGAAAAGUAGUUAUCAGAUUUCUUUAAGAGUUGGGAAGCUCGCAAAAAUUUUGAAACCUACCUCCAAACCUAUCUUUAUCGAAAGGAAACUGCUGUUGUUGAAUGGCUACAGAAAGUCAGAUCCAUUACACAUUAUUGGGAUUGAGGAUUUGAGUUUUGUGUUUAAAUUCCUUUUCCACCCAGUGACACCGUCGCAUUUUACUGCAGAGCAAGAGCUAAGGCUACUAAGAAGCGAUUUCGUACAUGUUGAUCUAAGAAAUAUGGAUUUGACCACACCACCUAUCAUAUUUUACCAACACACUUCAGAAAUUGAGAGUCUUGACGUUUCCAAUAAUGCAAACAUUUUUCUGCCUUUGGAAUUUAUAGAGAGUACAAUCAAAUUAAUGAGUUUGAGAAUGGUUAAUGUGAGGGCCUCUAAGUUUCCGGUAAAUGUUACAGAAGCCUACAAAUUGGUAUCCUUGGAACUACAAAGAAAUUUCAUUAAAAAGGUUCCAAAAACUAUAUCCAAACUGGGGAACUUGACCAUACUGAAUUUGCAAUGUAAUGAGCUAGACAGGCUGCCAAAAGGGUUUGCUCAGUUAAAGAAUCUACAACUGCUAGAUUUGUCAUCAAACAAGUUUGUCGAGUACCCAGAAGUUAUUAACAACUGUGUCAACCUGUUACAAGUUGAUUUGUCAUACAACAAAAUCUACAAGAUUCCCGCCUCCAUAAACAAGUUGGUGAAACUGGUAAAAAUGAACCUAUCUCACAAUAAGUUAAAUGAGUUGGAAGAUAUUUCAGGCAUGAAAAAUCUGAGGACCUUGACUCUCCCCCAUAACAGGAUCACACAGGUAAAAACCAUGUCAGAGAGCUUGCAGAAUUUGUACCUGACCGAUAAUAGAAUAUCAAACUUUGAAGAUAAGUUACCGAAGUUGAGAUCUUUAGAUUUACAAGAGAACCCCAUAACCUCCAUCUCGGUUAAGGAUUGUUACCCAACGAACAUGACUUCUCUGUCAUUGAGGAAAGCCCAGUUAGCAAGUAUUCCUGGGGAGCUGUUUACCGAACUGUCAAGCUUAGAAAAGUUAGAACUGAAUGAUAAUAACUUGAGUAGGUUACCGAAAGAAAUUUCGCUGCUAAGUAGGCUGGUCUAUCUGUCUGUUUCCAGAAAUAAAUUGGAAUGUCUUCCACCAGAGCUUUCCAAAUUGAAAAGUCUCAGAACCCUGGAUUUGCAUUCUAAUAAUAUUAGAGACUUUUUUGAAGGGAUGGAGGAGAUCGAGUUGACUUCCUUGAACAUAUCCUCUAAUGUCCUUGGUACGACAACAAUGGAGGGGUCCUUCUUCGACAACAUGUUGGCGGGCUCGAAACUAUCUAAAAGUUUAUUUUUCCUAAGCGCAGCUGAUAAUCAGUUUGGCGAUGACAUGUGGCCGUUGUUCAACAGCUUUUCGAAACUACAGAAAUUGAAUCUGUCGUACAAUAAUAUGACUGAUAUUUCACAAAUGCACCUGACUGAUUUGACAGAGUUGUACUUUUCGGGCAAUAAAUUGAGUACCUUGCCAGGAGAGGUUGUUUCGAAGUGGAAACAGCUAAAAACGCUGAUGUUGAACGGGAAUCAACUGUUGACACUGCCCUCUGAGCUUUCUCUCUUGACACAAUUAACCGCAUUUGAUGUUGGUUCCAACAAGCUGAAAUACAAUAUCUCAAAUUACCUGUUUGAUUGGAAUUGGAGGAAUAAUAAAGAGUUGAAGUAUUUGAAUUUUUCCGGUAACCGUAAAUUUGAAAUUCGGGGGUCUCUAGUACAUGAGCUGAAUGCUGAUCUAUCAGAUUUAACUGUUUUACCACAUCUGAAAGAGCUAGGGCUAAUGGAUGUUACACUUAACACCACUAAGGUUCCUGAUGAGAGCAGCAAUUUCCGUCUAAGAACUACUGUUUCCACGAUCAAUGGUAUGAGGUAUGGUGUUGCAGAUACAUUGGGCCAACGGGACCACGUUUCUUCAAGAGAUGUUACGUUCGACAAAUUCAGGGGCAACGAUGAUGAAUGUCUGCUCUGUUUGCAUGACAGCAAAAACCAAACAUCUGACUACGGUCACAAUAUAUCUGGGAUUGUCAGGGAUAUCUACGAUAAGAUUUUAAUCAGACAGUUGGAAAAGUAUGGUGACCAAAAGGAUGAGGACGUCAAAAAGGCAUUGCGUUUCAGUUUCUUACAACUGAAUAAGGAGAUAAACAAUAUGUUGAGCUCAGUGGAUAGUGGUGCCAACAUUGAAAACUUGACUGCAGCAGAUUUAUUGAGUGGGGCAUGUUCUACAGUUAUUUUUAUCAAGGGCAACAAGUUAUAUGCGUCCAAUCUUGGUGACUGUAUGGCUGUUCUAUCGAAGAAUAACGGUGAUUACCAAAAAUUGACGAAACAGCAUCUCCCAACAAAAAGAGAAGAGUACGAAAGAAUUAGAAUAUCAGGUGGUUAUGUGAAUAAUGGGAAAUUGGAUGGUGUUGCCGAUGUAUCAAGAGCGGUUGGGUUCUUCGAUUUACUGCCUCAUAUCCAUGCUUCACCUGACACUUCCGUUAUAACCCUGUCGAAAACGGACGAAAUGUUAAUCAUAGCAACACACACACUAUGGGAUUACACAGAUAUUGAGACUGCGUGUGACAUUGCGAGAGAAAACCGUUUAGAACCAAUGUUGGCAGCAGAAGCAAUGAAAGAUCAUGCUAUCGCGUAUGGUUGCCAGGAAAACAUCACCAUCCUAUGUUUGGCACUCGACAAGAGUACUGAGGGAAGCUUAAACAAAAACUCCUUGAUGACAAGAAGGAGCACGUUUGAGGACGCUGCGCUGAGGAGACUACAGCCGGAAAUUUCUCCACCGACAGGUAAUGUUGCGGUGGUUUUCACGGAUAUCAAAAAUUCCACAGUUCUAUGGGAACUGUUUCCUAAUGCUAUGCGGACGGCUAUCAAGACGCACAAUGACCUAAUGCGACGUCAGCUGCGUAUAUAUGGUGGGUAUGAGGUGAAGACAGAAGGUGACGCCUUUAUGGUAACGUUUCCCACCCCAACUGGUGCUUUGGCAUGGUGUUUAAGUGUGCAGUCGAAAUUGCUGGAUUGUCAAUGGCCAGAAGAAAUCACGUCCAUCCAGGACGGUUGUACCGUGACUGACAAUGAGGGGCGAGUGAUCUAUCAGGGGCUGUCCGUACGUAUGGGUAUUCACUGGGGUUAUCCCGUGACCGAGCUGGAUCUGGUCACCCAAAGAAUGGACUACUUGGGACCUGUUGUGAAUAAGGCUGCUAGAGUGUCUAGUGUUGCUGAUGGUGGUCAAAUAACGUUAAGCAGUGACUUCAUGUCUGAAUUUAACAAGAUCAUGAAGUGUCAUGAGGCAGUUGUAAAGGAUGGUAUGCCGUUGAGGGAAGUUUACAGGGAGCAAAUUAUUGGAGAGGUUCUUGAAAGAGAAAUAGCAAUGUUGGAGGGUUCCGGCUGGGAGUUUUUUGUGCUGGGUGAAAAGAAACUGAAGGGUCUGGAAACGAAAGAGUUCAUUACCAUUGUUUAUCCACAGGCACUGGCCAGUAGACACGAGUUUGCGUCUGAGGACGACCAGAGUAAAGCGAUAGAUGAAGAGCUUCUAUUUAGGUUGAGGACCACGUCCAACAGGUUGGAAUGUAUUCUAUCUGUUGUUUCUGGGGGCUCCUUAGAGUUAGAGCACGCCAAGUCCGGGAUUACCUUUAACACGCUGGACAGCAAUUCCAGGACGUCCAUAAUGGGUUCUGCCUCAGAGAAGGAUGUGAUGCUCUUUUUGGAUCAUCUUGUUACGCGAAUCGAGUCAUCGGUUGCGUUACUGCAAUUGCGCCAAAAGGUCACCACAGGGUUACAUCUUUACAAUAACAUAAGAGGUAAAAAACAAUUGAGUGUUUUCGAGUUGAUUGACAAACUGCUCGAAGAGGUACCAGGUAAUGAUCUUACUAUAUAG